AUGAACACUAGAAAUUUCUUCGUGCUUCUGAUUACCAUUACUUAUAUAACUGUUCAAUGUGUAGUACUUGCUGAUAACAACACAGGUGACAAUCAAUCAUUCAGUGACCGAAUUAAAUCUCUUCAAAACGAAACAGGUUAUCUCUGUUCCUUUAUUGAAGGAGCAUCACUGGUCGCAACAAAAGAAUUUAUAACGUUGAUAAGAGAUGCACAUAUUCAUAGUCCAAAUCUUAAAGCAAUGGAAGUUUUACUGACGAAUAUAGCAAAUCAAGCAGAUGCAUAUCAUUCCUCCGUUAUCGAACAGUUAAGCGAUUGUAAAGCAUUGUUAUAUAUGCUAACGGAGAGUUUAGAUAAUGGAGGCAUGGUUGACUAUUACCUGAAUGAAGGCAACUAUUCUGUUGUUACUAGCAGCAUCGACAAAUGGCAUCAAUCAUUUUUAGACUUUAGAUCCAAGUUUUACCUGACAGAUACAGCACUGGAUAUUAUUAUCAGUAACAAGAAAGUAUUUUUUUAUGACGAUUGGAUUGGUGGCGUAGCCAAAUCCGCAGUAACGUUGUUUGUACUAUUAGUCGGUUCAGUAAUAGUGCUGCAACUGUUUAAGCGGGUGGGUUUCAUUUUUUGGAUCAUUACAUUAUUCAGUCCGCCUUCCGAGUAUUCCGACGAGGAAAUUCUAUUGCCUAUUAAUAUUGUGCCGAAAAUGGAAGCCUUGCAGGCUAACUCAGACAAUUGUGAUGUACAAAGACGAAGAAAAAAAGCAAACGAAAAACAACAGUCUUCUUCUUCCAAGGCCGGCACAACACAGUUGACUUCCAAUCCAUCUGAGUUAGAAAAAAAAAUUGCAACAAACUUUUCAACAACGUCAGUGUACAAUAAAAUUUAUACAACUAUUACGAUAGUAGUCUGGUUCACCGUUCUUUGUGGGCUAAUCGCUAUUAUAGUAUUGUGGGAUCCUUCUAAGAUUUCCUUUUCUAAAUCAUCUCGAUAUAAUUGGUAUCCUGAUGCUACCACAGCAAUGGAGAAUAUGAUAGUUGAUCGGGACAAAGUACAACCCAUUGUGUCUCGUCAAAUUCUUUCCAUCGAAGAACUGCAGCGUUAUACCAGCAUGUAUCAUGAUGAGACUAUUCAAAUAAACGUAGAUGAACUUGUAAGUAAUCUUGGAGCAGGAAUUCGGCAGGCGAGCAAAGAAUUAUCAGAAGUGUAUAUAGCAAGUGAGAAACUACCAUCAACGUUUCGGCAAGCGUACAUAAAUAUUGAAGCACACGCGAAAAAAGCAGGAAGACUUGCGGAAGCAAAUCAACUGUUGACUGCAUUGAGUGAAACUUCUAUAACGUACGAAAAACUUCAACGAGGCGUUCAAGCAUUGAUGAUUAAUCAAAAACAUCUACUACCUAAGUUAAAAGAACAAACACAAAUCAUGCAAACGCUCGUUCAACAGGGUCAAGUAAUGGAAAUCAAUCGUAUUGCUAAAGAACAUACAAAUAUUAUCAUGGAUAUCGAAGGUGAAAUUUUGAAUGUCACGUUGGUAGUAGAACAACUUAUUAAAAUCACUGAAAACGAUGGCUCUGAUGGAAUGAAAAUGGCAAUUAAAGAAUUGAAAGACAAAACCUCCACUGAUCAAGUUAUGGCAAUACUUUAUGAAGCAACAGGGGGUGUUGUAGGCACUCUUGGAGGUGCUGUGUUAGGAACGGUAGUAAUCAAGUCGGGAUAUGCAGUAGUUUCAAUCACUGCAACAGCUGUUGCUGGUCCUAUUGCAGCCGCCGUUGGAGGAGUUGGUUUAGUUGGUUUGGGUGCAUAUGCCUUAGUUACAGGCUUUGAUAAAUACAAUGAUGCAUCACGUUAUAAAACCGAAUUAGACAUUUUAGAAGUCCAACGAGGAAACUUCCACGCUGCAAUGAAAAAUUUCGAGAAGGCAAUUAUUGCUCAACAGACAGCGUCGAAAGCAACUCUAACAUCACUCGAUAGAAUCGUUGUACAUUCUGGAGCAUUCUCGAGCAUUCCUGGUUUCAAACUGCCCCUUGUGAAACGAGCUGCCCUUAGUAACGAACUACUCCAUAUUAUUUUACAAUACAAUACUAUGAUAGGCGUGUUUAAUUCAUUUAAAUCAUAUACGACUGUCAAAGAUCAAGAACUUCUACCAGCAUAA